GUUAAGUGUAAAUCAAACAUAAAAUAUUGCUGACUGUAUGAGAACUACCUAUAUAAAUAUUAUAUCAUUAAUGAUGCUGUUUUUACCCGAAAUAUAAUUACCACAUACAUCAAAAGUACAAAGUAGUCGUUACCAAAGAUGUUAAUCAAUCAUAAUAAUAAUAUCGAGAUUACUGUCAUAAUAUAAGCUUAAAAACUAACGUAAAUAUGUCAGUUAUUUUGAUCAUCUGUUACAAUUAAAGACAUUACAAAAUGUCAUAAAAAUGUAUAAAUAUUGUCGUUAACGACGAACGACAAUCUGUAAAAUGUAUGAAAGUGGAAGAUAAAAUUAAUGUCAUGUUCACAAAUUGGCGCGACUUUCAACAUGGUUAGAGUUUGUAUUAAAUUUUAAUGUCCAUUGUAGGCAGCUAAGGAUUUACAUCUUGAUCUAAGUAAUUAUGAUUAAAAAAUUCGCAAAUUUUCGAACGGUCUAUGAAUUAUAUUAUCAGUAUUACUUGCUUUUAUGGUUAGAAAAGCUGCUUUAUAAUAUACCUUCUCUAGAGUACAAUGAGUUAAUUGGCACAAUGUGACAGAUUCAUGAAAUUUGACGUAAAUCGGAUAACUGACGUCACGAGUUAUAGAAAAUAAAAGUGAUGGUGAACAUCACCAUCACUCAAAUGCAUGACCAUGUAAAGCUGGUUUAGGAAGGUAAAAAAUUAGAGAAUACAUUCUUAAUUUUAUAUAAAACACUCCGAAAGGUAUACACACCCUUUUAUAGUUAUUUUAAAUAUGUUAUAUAAAGUAACUUUGUAUUAUAAUAUUUUGUUUGAUAUUAUGUAAUAAUAAAUAUUUUUGGCUCAACCUACGAUCCUCAUUUGUUUAUAGCGUGUAAAAUGAAUUAAAAUAAAUUAGUUUAACGAUAGAGCUGCUAGUUAAUUGAAAUUAUUUAUGUAAGAAUAAAAGAUUAUGUAAAUUUUAAGAUAGUUUAGAAAUGUAAUAUAGUUAAACCAUCACAAAUUUUAAAAGCAUGUGUGUUCUUAUAGUGUAAAAAAAAAACAGGUACGACUUGUACUUGCGAACGAGGGGUUCCGUGUAUCUAUAAAAACGGUAAAAAUCAAGUUUUUUGUAUGCCAGCCCCAACACAAAAUAUUAAUUUGUUUUUGUUGAAAAUUUCAACCCUCUAAUUAUCACAUUCCAUGAGGUAAACCUGGAGCCGUUCGGACAGAUAGUAGAGCCUUAGUAAUCAGAUUUCUCCUUGCUCUUCUAGAUCGGAACCCUAAAAAUCAUUUAAAACCAGCUUUUAGUUAGCGAAAAGCGUUACCCAGAAUUAGUCACGCAAAAGAUAGUAUUUGUAUGUAGAUUAAGACGUUAGAUUGCUAGUUUUUCCUUUUUAUCCACACUGAUGUAUCGAACAAAGUAUAUAAGCACUUAUUAUAAUAAAAUUAUUUAAGGUAAUCCCAAAUUUUGCUAUAAAAAUAUAGAGGGAAAAUGUGGUCGACUUAAAAAAAAACUAAAGACAUAGAUACCUACAUAAUGAUAGUGUAUAAUUUGUACUUUUAGAGUUAAAAAUAUUUAUGUAUGUUCCUAAAAGCAGAACUAUGCUAAGUUUACAACUGGAUUCACUGGCUAGUGUUGCUAUAGCUAAUUUAGUAUUGCUAUUACUAAAUUUAUAAAUUAUUUCAAUCAUCAAUUUUAGUACUCAAAAAUCAAUAAUCUAUAUUUUCUCUUCUUCCGAAAGGUACAUGCUCAGUAAGUGUUGUACCUGAUAAAGUCACUGGUGUCUGUUUUAGGCAAAACCUCUGUCACAGAUAAUAGACAUGUUUCGUAUUGAUUCUCAUUUUGAUUAUGUUUUACAUUACCAGUAUUUUCAAUCAUUUUAAAAUGUUGCGUUCGAUUGAUUUAUUAAAAUAAGCAGUUUUUAAAUACAGAAAUAAGGAAUCCUAAUAGUACAGCGGUAGGUUAACUGCCUUGUUACAAAUUAAACCUAAAGACCUGUUGUAAUUAUGUAUAUUCAUUAUUGUAGCAAAUGUAUUUUUUGUAAUAAAAGUAUUUUAUAGUUUUUCGUCUGUUUUUUGACCGCCUCCCUUUAAACUAACAAUUACAGUUGUGAAGCAGGACAGCGCACAAGGCAUUGUUCUAGCCCCAUUAUCCAACUAAAAAAAUAUAAUUAUUAAAUAUUGCUAUAAGAUUCGGUGGUUCUGGUAUCCUGACCGUCAGCCAAUUAUAAACCCAUAAAAUUGCGCGAGGUUAAUGCGAGCUGAAUUUCUAAAUACCUACUUAUAGAUUCCCUUUACUUGUCUAUAAAUAUGUAGAACAACUAUGUUACUAAUAACCUUUUUUCAACAACUUAGUCUUCAGCAUCGAUAAAGAAAUAAGACGUCAAAGAAUAGAAAAAUGCCAUGGAAACGCAAUUCUCUAUUUGACAGCGUAUUCAAAAUACACACACGCCGCAAUUUAUGUUGUGUUUCUUAACCGUGUUAUUUUACAUAUAAAGCCAAAUAUAAAAGGUAUAGUUUCUAAUUGGAUCUGAAGUCAACUUAUAUCAGAGAAAAAGAAGUAAGUUCCUGGCACCAUGUCGACUACCAAACGGCGGUGGUCGAGCACCACCUCCCUGAGGGGCCUGCGGCGCGCCAGCGCGAUGCAACACAGCAUGAUGGACAUGUCCCAGAUAUCCGUGCUCAAGGAGGAGUCACACACGGGAGACCACUUCCUGACGCCGACGCAGCUCGAGAACAUCUACCGCACUAACGUCAACACCGGCCUCAGUGAGAGCUUCGCUGAAGAACUACUGGAGCGUUAUGGCCCGAACGAACUUAAAGAACUUCGAGGCACCAGCUACUGGAAAAUAUUUCGCCACAACCUCUUCGGAUGGUUCCAAUGUGUGCUCUGGAUAGGUGCGAUACUUAACUUUGUUGCUUUCUUUUGUGCUGCCAAAAUUGACGCUCACUCAGAGACCGGCGGGCAUUCACCUAAAGAAUAUCUCUAUUUAGGAUUCGUCAUCACCGCCACCGUUGUUGGUACAGGCCUAUUCGGCUUUUAUCAAGAAGCGAAAAAUGCAGCUGUUAUGAGUGGCUUCGAGAAACUAGUUCCACCUAACGCCGUCGUGAUCCGAGAUGGUAUUAAGAAAACUGUUCCCAAUUCCGAUUUAGUUAUCGGUGACAUAGUGGAAAUGAAAAGUGGAGACAUAGUUCCUGCUGAUGUGCGAAUACUUACGUGCUCGAAUUUUAACACCGACAUGUCUUCAUUGACUGGAGAAUCUGAACCUAUUAAGCAUAGACCUGAAUGCACUCAUUCGAAUCCAUUAGAAUCAAGAAAUAUGGCGUACUUCAGCUGUCCUAUAACUGAAGGAGUCGCUAAAGCCAUGGUGAUCGCAACUGGACAAAUGACGCAAAUUGGUAAAAUUGCUGGAUUGGUAACUGGGUUGGAGAAAGAAGAAACACCGAUUUCCAAAGAAAUCACCCAUUUCAUUAAGCUCAUUUGUGGUGUAGCAUUCGCUUUUGGCUUUAUAUUCUUUGUAAUGGUGUAUGUAAUACAGAAAAGUUGGCUGUCAGCGUUGCAAUACAUGCUGGGAAUUAUAUUGGCGAAUGUUCCGGAGGGCUUAAUAGUGACGUUAACAGUUUGCAUGACGCUCUCGGCCAAGCAGCUGAAAUCGAAAAACUGUCUCGCCAAAACUUUACAAGCAGUAGAAACCUUAGGCUCAACAUCAUGUAUCUGUUCAGAUAAAACCGGGACUCUGACUCAGAAUCAAAUGAGUGUGUCACACUUAUUUUGUAAUUUCAAAAUUAUAGAUUAUAAUGAUCAUUCACAUGUCUCAAAUCCUACUUAUUCAACAUUAUGUGUAGCGGCCUCAUUAAAUUUGAAAGCUACAUUUGCCCACGAAACUAUGCAUAAACCUAUAGAAAAAAGAAAAAUUCUGGGCGAUGCUUCGGAGUCUGCUAUUUUAAGAUAUAUGGAAGUGAAUCGCUCUGCGACGCAGCUCCGAGAAGAAAACCCGAAGGAAGCUGAAAUUCCUUUCAGUUCAGCUUAUAAGUAUCAAGUCACAAUACAUCGUAUGCAACUGUCUCGUAGCUAUUAUCUAAUCAUGAAAGGGGCGCCAGAAAUUGUUGUUGAAUACUGUUCUAGAGUUCAUACCGACGAAGGACCGCAAACCCUAUCACCACAAAUAAAAAAAGAGUUGAAAGCUAAUUUUAUUAAAAUGGCUAAUAUGGGUGAGCGUGUGAUUGGAUAUUGUGACCUGAAAUUGCCCGUCGAUACUUAUCCGAUUGGCUAUAAAUUCGAUGUUCAAAAACGUAACUUUCCUGUAGAAGAUCUUAUAUUUCUUGGGGCAAUAGCCAUGAUCGACCCCCCUAGGCCAGAUAUAGAAAAAUACAUUUCAUUAUGUAGGCAAGCAGGUAUAAAAGUCGUAAUGGUGACUGGGGAUCACCCAGUAACAGCAUUAGCUAUUUCUCGCAAGUGCGGAACCAUCACUUACCCCACAUCUUAUGACUAUGCGUUUGAGCACCACAUCGAUCUCGCUGAUGUACCACCACAUAUUAGAGUUCAAUUUAAAGCAACAGUAAUAACUGGUGAUGAACUUCGCAAAAUGAGUGUUAAUGACUUAAAAAAUGCCCAAAUGAGGUACUCUGAGAUAACGUUCGCGAGGACGAGUCCUCAACAGAAGUUGUUCAUUGUGGAGACUUACCAAUCACUGGGCUACGUUGUUGCUGUCACAGGAGACGGUGUUAACGAUUCUCCAGCCCUAAAGAAAGCAGACAUUGGUGUGGCCAUGGGUAUUAACGGAACAGAAGUUUCCAAGAAAGCUGCUGAUAUGAUCCUUUUGGAUGACAAUUUUGCGUCAAUUGUUUUGGGCGUUCAAGAGGGGAGAAGAAUCUUUGACAAUUUGAAAAAGACCAUUGCAUAUACACUUACUUCUAACACGCCCGAAAUGUUACCAUUUGUCUUGUAUGCAUGUCUCGGCUUGCCUCUUCCUAUACCUCUUAUGUUAAUUUUGGUCAUUAACGUUGGAACAGAUCUUCUUCCUGCUAUGAGUCUGGCCUACGAGACGUCAGAAGAAGACAUCAUGAAGAUACCACCCCGCAAGCUUGAAGAUCACCUUGUCAACAAAGUUCUAUUGUUUAUGGCAUAUUUCCAAGUAGGAUUAAUACAGUUCUUUGGUGGUAUGUACGCGUAUUUCGUUGUGUUCGCUCAGGAUGGAUUCUUUCCGUCUUCUUUAAUGUUCAUUCGAAAUGAAUGGGAGACGCGAAGGGCUGUUGUAAAGGAUACCUUAGGUCGUGAUUGGCUUUAUUUAGACAGGAAGAAGGUAGAGAGGAAAGCUCAGACUGCUUACUUCGUAGCUGUGUGUUGGACUCAGAUAUCAGAUGUAAUUAUUUGCAAAACUCGUCGGAUAUCGAUUAUUAAGAAGGGUAUGAAGAAUCACGUGCUGAACGUGAGUAUUAUUGUGGACCUGGUGGCCGCGCUUUGUGUGACGUACUUCCCGUUGUGUAAUGAGGUGUUCAAUACGGAGGCACUAAGUUGGUAUGAUUUUUUUCUAGCGUGCCCUUUUAUGGUUCUCAUGGUAGCGGGCGAUGAAAUAAGGCGUUAUUUAAUUAGGAACAACAUUUCGCAGUGGGUGGAAAGGGAAACAUAUUAUUAGUAUUUUUAGUAGCAGAGUUAACUAACGGCUGUUUUUAAUAUUCCAAGAAUACGGAACCCUGUACAAAAUUAGAUUUUCAAUAGACACAACUAACACCCGCUUUUCAUCUUGAAAACGAAGCUGAUUUGAGAAAGAAUGUUGUUAAAGUAGUCUGUCUAAACAUUGAUAAGGAAUGUAGAGAUAGCCGUCGAGGCCUUUUGGGAAUAUAGUAGAUUAUACCUUACCUUAAUUUUAGAUUAUAUUAUUAUUUGUUUUUAAAGAAGAAAGGUACCUAAUUAUGUUUCGUAAAUAAUUGUAAUGGUAGAUUUUUAAUAUUAUUCUCUAAUAUAAACUAACGUAUUAA